ACGAAGCGUAGACCAAAAUAGAUCCCCUGAAAGAAGGGGGCCGGGCUGUGGUGGGGUGGGGUGUCGACUAAACUGAUUAGAAAAUCCGCCUUGGCCAAUUCCGAUUGCUUUGGCAUUUGACACAAACAGAGGCAGUGCAGCAGCGGCAGAGGCAGCAGCAGAGGCAUUUGUGCUGCCAAAUUGCCAACGACAAAAGUUCGGCGAUGUCUUGUCAGUUGGUGCUGCUCUCUUCGCUGGCCGUCAAUUAGCGCCGUUUGCCAUUUUAACGGAUUCGGUUCUUGACGGUUCUCUCGCCGCUGAUUCAUUUGUUCUCUAAACAUCGCAAGACCAUUGGUAACUUGCCACCGCUGAGACAUUAAUCAGUUGCAAGACGAUCGAUUAGCGGAAAGCAAGAGCCCGCUGCCCGUACGACUGCAGCCGCCUGGCGAUAGCCCACUUCCGAUUCUCCUCGCCAAGCGACGCUCUCAUAAAUCAUCUCAAAACGUAGAUAAAUAAAUAAAUAUCGAUGAUUGGUCCAAUGAUUUGUGAGCGAAAGUGAAAUAAAUAUUUUUCGAAUUACCUAAUCGAGUGGCCAUUAACGUGAGUGGUGUGAGUUUUUCGAGUGCGUGGUGAAUAUAUUUUAUAUAAUACGCGUUAGCCGAUUCGUUUCUCGCCGCGAUACACUCUCAUUGCAUCGGCGAACGUUGGAGGAUUCGGAUUCGGAUUCGAUUCUGGGCAUUACGCAAUGGCCGCUGAGGAAACGGCGCUAACCGGCGUCGGCGAGCUGCUUUUCUCGCUGCUAAUUGGCUACCUGGGCGCCCUGGAAUUCGCCUUCGUAGCGCGUCAUCUCUACCAUUGGACUUUCCAGCAUCCCGGCGGUUCUUCUGUAGAUGCAGCCGCUGACUCAGAAGAAUUGCCUCGCAUGCGUGAGAGAUUGGACAAGGAGAUCAAAGAGGCGGCUGAAAGAGAAGCUCUAGCGGGGACCAAUCUCAUGCAGGAUGGUGUCCUGUAUAGCAAUGGAAUACGAUUGGAUCCUGCUGGAGAUAAAAGAGAAGCUCUUGCGGCGGAACUGGCACGUCAACAGCAAAUCGAAGCGGAUACACGACGUCAGCUGGCCGAAGCCGAAGCUAAACUGGCCGAAGAAAGGUUAAGGGUCCAGAGGGAGAAAGAAGAAUCGGAGGAGCAACAAAGAAAGCUCAUAGAGGCCGAAAAACAGCGCGAAAGAGAGCAAGCUGAGAAAGAGCUCCAAGAACAAAGAGACGCCCAACGCAGGCAGCUAGAAGCAGAGGAGAACGAGCGUAAACAGCGCGAAAUCGAAGAGAAGGAACGCCAAGAGAAUGAAAGAAAGCUGAUAGAGAUCGAACGAGAAAGGGAAGAACAAGAACGCAGACUGCAGGCAGCUGAAGAGCAGCGCGAACGUGAAGAAAAUGAAAGAAGGAUCAUAGAGGCAGAGCGUCAAAGGGAGCUAGCUGAAGCCGAGGAGGAACGUCAAAGAGAGCGAGCCGAGCAAGAAAGGCUCCUGGCAGAGGCCGAGGUAGCCGAGGCCGAGCGACGUCUCUUUGAUGCCGAAAUCCAACGAGAGCGAGAACAAGCUGAGGAAGAAGAACAGGCUCAAAGGGAUGCAGAAAUUGUAGAGCGCCUUCUGGCAGCUGAGAGAGAACUCAGUAUGAGUGCCACCGAGAGCGAACUGGAGGAUGACGCUGCCAUUGCAGAGCAAUCACGACGCCUGAUCUCCAGCAAAACCGAUCUGGAGCAGAGACAGCGAAUGAUCGAUGAGAAUGCCCGACGAUUCCUUGAAGCCGAAGAGGAAAUGGUGAUGCUGCAGCAGCGUCAACUGCAAGCCACCCACAGCAAAGAAGAGGCAGAGGAGUAUGCUGGAAUGGAGCCAGUGGUGGAGGAACCUUGUAUUAAGAAGGUUGCUCCACCCAGAUUCCAGGAGCCGGAAGAGGAGCCUCUGGUGGUGCAGAAAGUGAAAACCCAAUUUGGCCAAGGAAGCGGUUCCGAAGAUGGCUAUUUGGUGAAGUCAAAAACACUAACCUUCCCCGGUGUAUCGGAUGAAGGAUCCUCCGUGGAACCCUUCUCCAGCCAAAAGUCAUCCUUCAGCACUCAACCCUCUGAUGAAAUGAACCGAACCGAAGGCGAACGCCCAGAGCCGGAGGGUGAAGAUCAAAUACCGGAUGUCCAGUACACCGAGGACUAUCUUCGAUCCCUUGAUGGGAUCAAGAACCGCCCCUUAGUUCGAGAAGAUGGUUCAGGAAGGAGAAGAGCCUUUAAAAAGCGCCGCUCCAGUGGCAGCUCCAACUCCUCGCGAGACUCACGCGCCUCCCGCGAUGAGGAGCUGAAGAUGUUUACCUCGCUGGAGGAGGAGGAGCUGCGUCAUGGCGAAAGGGAGGACUAUAACCCCAUUAAGUAUACGAGUGAACCUACCCUAAGAGUCAAAUCCCACCGACGACAUAAAAGGAGUCCAGCAAAGGAUGUAAGGCCUCCACCAGAGGCGGGUGGAUCCCUGGAAAUGCUCGGGGAAGAGAGCACGAAUCCCUGGGGUGAGGUGGUACCGGAGCACUAUAAGGAUACCGAAUUCUGGAAGCGGGAGAAAGCUCUCUCGAUAGACGAAGAGGAAAUCGAGAUGGAGAGACCAUCCAGAGGAGAGGAUGUAGAGGAUGAAGCCACGAAUGAGCCCAAAUCCUCCUCCUUUGAGGAGGCUACCGAGGCCCAGAACGAGGAGGCAGUGGCUGCCCUGAAGCAGCAACUUUCCAAGGAGCAGGUGGACAAGGAAACGGAGAAGGAUAACUCGCAAGCAGUGGAUACCAGCGACAGCAAGAAAGCCAAUCUGCAAACCUCUUCCGCAACAGAGGAGCAACCAAGGGGUGGUUCACCUGGACUGCGUCGCAGUCCGCGUAUGGAUGAAAUGGAGCAUUACCCGGAGCGCUGGUCCGCCAGUCAGGAGCAACAAUCACUGCAACAGCAACCACAGCGAGCAACUCCUUCUAUCAAUGUCCAGCAGCCGGAUACUGCACCCUGGCGGGAUCAGUACGGAUUGCUCAUGGAGGGUCUCAGCGAUUUUUACGAUUUUACAGCAUCUGUAAACCCUUCGAGAUCCCGUUCGGCAUCCCGAAAUCCCUCACCGGCUCCAAAGAACGUGGCCAAUCUCAUGGAUGUGGACACGGAGCGUUCAUUGGAAGUAUUUGACGAUACUCAGGAGGGUGUAGUGGCAGGUGAAAUAAACUGCGAGUCUGUCCUUCAAGUGCUGGAGUCGAACUUGAAUGGAAACGAAUCCUCGAAUGAACAGAUGCAAAUCCAAACCGUAGCCGAUGAUGCCAGGAAUGGGAAUUCCGUAGUACCAAUGGUAUAUCAACCCUUAGAGGGCUCUACACUUGGUACUCCUCUAGAGGAAAGAGUAAGGGAGCCAUCUGUUGACAGGUUACCAUCCCGAUCCCGUUCUCGUUCCCCACUUCCUACCUCAGAGAACUUGGAAAAGAGCAUCCACAAACGCAGGGAGCGAUUGAUCAAGCAGAACGAUGAACUCGCCGAACGUCUAUCCCACUCCAGCUCUGAUGGUUCCAUAGAAGUCGAAACCAAUGGCAAUGGAAGAUUAAGCCCUAAACUGGAGGUAACUCUGCCACAGCCUGUGAUAGAGAUUAAUGAAAUGGCCGAUGAACCAAUGGAGGAUACCGAAACUACUCCAGAGCAGAUGCGUCUCUUUGUGGAGACCUUAAGAGCUGAGAGGAAUGCCCGCUCCGGUUCACGAUCCCGUUCCCGUUCUCGUUCCCCGCUGCCCACUGCGGAUAAUAUAGAGAAGAGCUUGGAAAGUCGACGUCUAAAACGUAUUCAACAUAACGACGAAAUCUUCGAAAAACUGCACGAACAAAUGCCAUCGCCAGAGAUUGUAAUAGAAUCCGCUUCACCGCCCAUUUCCCCGAUUUCCCCCCUACCCACUAUAUCCAUCGAAAUUGUGGAACCACCAGAGGAAGCUCCAGUUCAACCAGAAGCAGAACCUGAAGAUACUCCCGAAAGCAUGGCUAGACUUUUCGAGCAGUUGCGUUUGAACCGAGUUCGUUCCCAUUCUCGAUCCCGGUCCCGCUCCCGUUCUCCACUACCAACAGCCGCAAAUCUGGAGCAAAGCCUGCAGAAACGUCGCGAGAAGCUGAUAGCUCAGAAUGAUCAGUUCUUUGAGGUGCUCCAGGAAAGAGCCAGAACCCCGGAGCCCGAAACCCGCUUGACCGUGGAGUACGUCUAUGAGUUUGUCCAGGAGAAAGAAGAACACAUUGUUGAAGGUCGCGACAUGCGAUCCUUGUCCCCAUCCCGCUCUCGAUCCCAGUCACAAGAAAAGGUGUCAGAUGACUUCCAUUUGAUGCUCAACCUGGAGGGCAGUGAGUUGCGUACUCUUCGCAAGAACAGCGAGGAGUUGGAAAGCGUCCUGGCAGCAAGUGUUAAACAAAGGGAAGUGGAUUUGGAAGCAUUGGAGAAACUGCACAACGCCAACGAGGAGAUAGAACUCCGCGUGCUUAGCCCUACUAAUUCUGAACUAGAAAGAGUGGUGGAGAUGACACGAGAGAAUCCAGAUCUGGACCGUACAGUUUCCGAGGUGGCCAGAGAUCUGCAGGACGAACUCGUAGCCAGUGGCUUUAAACGCUCCACUUAUGUGGGUGAAUCCCUUGAUCUGGGAAGUGAUCAGUUUAUGGAUCUACGUCGCGGGACAGCUCAAUUUCAAAGAUCCCGCAGUCCAUCUCCUGGCAUGAGCAUGGAUUAUGCUCGCGAACAGGCGGCGGCACAAAGGGAGCUCCAGGCGGCCAUUCUAGAUUCCCUAACCGAGAGUCGUUUGGGUGCCAAACCCAAGACGUACCCGGAGGAGAGAACUCCCGAGUCCCAGGAUAUAUCUGCCGCCCAGCUAGAUGAUUUGAGACAUCGCACUGCCGAGUUUCAGCGUUCACGCAGCCAGAGUCGUUCGCCCUUGAGGGAGGAGGAGUUAACCCAGCUAAGGGAUAUCGAAGCUGAGUCGGCUAAGAGGGAGCUGCAGGAUCAGUUGCUAGAUAGGUUGGCCGCCUCGAGCAUUAACUUCGAGAACUUUUCACGGCACUUGAAUGCCGAUUUUUUGGAUAGCGAGCGAAGGGCCUCGGACUCCGCCUUGAUGGGUGACAUGGAGCCGGAUGAGUACCAUCACUUCCGUCGCUAUUCAUUGGCCCAGGAACAACCCAUAGAGGAGUACCCCAGUGAUGACUACGUUUACAUUUCACAGAUCGAAGUGCGUACUCUUACCGGAACCAGGACUUGGUUAAAGGAGGAUUUUUACCCCGAAGAACGGGAAGAUUUUUCUGAUUCCAAAAGUCCAAUAAGAGAUGAAGAUUCCUGGGCCAGAGCUGUUUUGGCUGCAGAGGCGGAGGCGGCUGAAUUCGAUUCUACCAAUGCCAUUUACAGCUAUGAUAUUGUUGGGGAUCACGAGAAUCUAGAUCAAGAAAGGAGCAGCUCGAACGACAGCGAAGACACUCGGCAGACUGUGGUGGAGAUCGACGACGAGGAUGAGUAUGAGUUUGAGUUGGACGAGGGAAUCUCCGAUAACAACGAACGCACCCAACCCACCGAUGAAUCCCAUCAUGACACUUCAGAAUGCGAGGAAGCGGAAAGGAAUGCAGAUCGCUAUGAGAACCGGGGAGCUCAGGAUUGGGAGGAAGUAGAAGAUGUGGAGGAUUUCCUUGACUACGGAUUCGAUGAUGGUGCUGUGGGCGGAGCAACACCCUAUUCCGAUCCAGACUCCUUCAUAGAGCAGAUCUACAACGAGGCCAUUAAGAACAGGAAACAGUCGGGUAUCCUCAGGGAAUACGAAACCAUGGUCCAGGAGCAAUUGCCCUCGGAUCACAGUGAAUCUGAUAAGGAAAAGUCCGGCUCUGAGAGUGAGAAAUACGCACUGUGGGCCAAGACCAGGGAACUGGAGCGAUCCCAUUCCAGUACCCGACAUUCAGAUGUGGACAUUGCCUUGGGCUUGAUACCGGAAAGUGAGCACCGAGAUUCUGAGAUGCGUUACUUGGGGGAUGCCCACGUGGCGGCCAGACAGUCUACACGGUUGCGUACCCGUUAUGGCUUUAAUCCUAAACUGGAUGUGGGCGAACUGGAAGAUGACAUCGAGGUGGACCUGAAUUACAAGCCUAAAAGGGAGUAUAACUGGCGCAAGAACUUUCGGCUAGAUGAUGGUGUUGAAGGGGAAAGGAAUGUACCAGAAAUAGCAGAUGAAUGUAAAGAUCAAGAUCAGGAAGCCAGAGAUCAGUUCGAGGAGGAAUUUGGAUGGCAGGACAGAGAACAGGAAGAACAUGAACAGGAUCAGGAUCAACCCCUAUAUACAAAUGAAGAAAAUGGUGAGAUCGAAAACGGAGAGCUUUUGGAGAACCGACGGAUUAGCUUAGGGGGAGAAAGUAUAACUCUCUUCAGCCGCAGUCCUGUUCGUGAAAUUCUACCAGAGGUACCCGAAGAACUUCCUCAAGAAGAAGAGAUACCCCAAGAACAGCCAGAAGAAUUGGUUCUCCUGGAAGAAGCACCCACAGAGAAGCCCAAAAAGAAGAAGAGCAAAAAGAAGCUUCGCAAAGGUUCGAAGACCGAAGAAGAACUCAGAGAUGACAACGAUUCGGACACUCAAUUUGGUUCCAGUCGCCGCUCCGAAGAUCAGGAUGCAGCUGAACCGCCCAAGAGAAAGACACGCUCCAGGAGAAGCUCCAAGAGCAGCUUGACCAACGAGGAAGGUAAUGGAGGACCAGGACUCUUCUCGCCCAGGAGCAGUCUAGCCUUUGUAGGUGAAUCCUUGGAGGGCAUAGCUGAAUUUGAGCCACAGGAAAGAGACGAAGACCAGUCUACCAAGAAGAAGACUAAGAAACGAAAGAAGUCUUCGGUAAAGGAAAGCAGGGAGGAGGUUAAGGAGGACAUACAACUCCAGGUCGCAGAAGAUUCUCACCUAGAUCAGGCCUUGGCUGCUGCUCUGGCUGAGAUUGCUCCCGUUUCAGUGUCCACUAACUUGACUCCAGAAUCCACCCAACAGAACCUACUUUCUACCAUCAGUACUGGACAGAGUGUGUGCAUAACCCCAGCUUCAUCGAUCGAGGAGAUUGGAGAAUCCCCUUCAUCUACCUUAAGUACUGUGACUUCUGCUGUUGUUCCCGCUCGAUCCGUCGUGGACACCUUCGAUAUACUCAAAGACGCCAACUUCUAUCCGCUCUUCUAACUCGCUUGACAUGUUCAUAAGCCAAGCCAAGCCAAGCACAGCCCAGCACAAUCCAGUCCAAGCCAAGUCACCUCCAAAAACCGAGCACGCUGUACAUGAAAUCAGUCCCCAGUUAAAGAACCAGUUACAAGUGUCCAGAAACCAGCAUCCGCUCCUCUGACUGAGAUCGGGAUCGCCCGAAUCCCGACUUGUAUAAACUAUGUAUUAUACUAACGACCCAGAAAAGAAACCUUUUUGAACCCUCGAAAUAUCGAAUUGUUUACCAUACUCGUAGCUGUUAGUUUAUUUAACGAUUUUGUCUUUAUAAAAAUGCCGAGAAUAAAAGCCAACUGAAUAAAUGAAGAAAACAAUCCGUUGUACUCUGCUCUGCUAUAAAUAAAGAUACACCCAACC